AUGCCGACUUUUCCGGAAGGUGGUUUGAGGGCUUGGUUAUGUAUAGCAGGAAGUUGGUUAGCGAUCUUUGUGACUUUUGGUUAUUCAAACACAUUUGGAGUGUUCCAAGAUUACUACCAAUUCAUCGGUUAUCCCGAUCAAAGCGCGUCUAACAUUUCAUGGGUCGGAAGUGUACAAUUAUUCUUACAAUUCUCCAUGGGUGCUAUAGCAGGACCAUUAUAUGAUAAAGGUUAUUUUUAUCAUUUGGUCAUUACUGGUAGUGUGAUUUAUAUCGUGGGUCUCUUCAUGACUUCUCUCUGCAAGGAAUUUUGGCAAACUGUACUUGCCCAGGGUAUCUGUGUAGGACUCGGAAUAGGAUUGUUGUUCUUACCUGCUUUAUCUAUCAUUUCGCAUUACUUUCAUCGACGUCGUGCGUUGGCUAUAGGUAUAGCGGUGACUGGGUCGUCAACGGGGGGCAUCUGCCUCCCUAUCAUGCUCAACAACCUCAUCGCUUCCCAUGGAUUCCGUCACGCCGUUCAAUACACCGGUUACCUAAUAAUGGGCUGUCUAUUAUUCUCCAUCAUCCUCAUGAAACCUCGUAUCCCUCCAAAUCCCAACGCACCACCUCGACCAUCCCCCAAACAACUUUUCUCUUCCCUUCCUUACACUCUCCUCUGCGCAGCAUUAUUCUUCAUAUCCGAAGGGAUCUUCUUCCCAAUCUUUUAUCUUCAAGUUUACGCACAACUACACGGAGUAUCUCAUACUCUCGUUUUCUACACCUUGGCAAUACUCAACGCUGCCUCGGUAUUCGGUCGACUCACACCCAACAUGUUGGCGGAUUCUUUCGGUCCAUUAAAUUUAUCAUUCAUCAUGUCGGUUUGUUCAGGUAUCAUCAUCUGGGCAAUGUUCGGUGCGGGUACGAAUGGAGGUUUGAUAGUCGUCACUAUACUCUACGGUUUCUUUUCAGGAGCUUACGUAUCAAUGAUGUCACCUGCACUUAUUUCCUUGGCUCAUAAUUUUGGAGAAAUAGGAAUGAGGAUGGGAAUGGGAAUGCUAGUAAUGUCAUUCGCGGCCUUAUCGGGAACUCCCAUAACCGGCGCUUUAUUGGAUCGUUAUGGAUUUUACGCUCCUAUCAUCUGGAGUGGAGUUUGCGUCCUGGUCGGUUCGGCGUUGACUGCAGCGAGUAUCUAUUUUCAAAUCAGGGUAAAGGGGACAUGGAAAGUGUAG